AUGUUCGGGGUCCAAUUCGACACCGCGGGCAUCUACCUCGUCGGCACACCGACGGAACAAUUCCACCUCUCAUUCGAAGAAAUGAUGGCUUUUGAAGCAGGCAUCAUCGGUCUCCUGGAGUAUGGCGUUACUUGGAAGGUAUUAAAAGGGAUUAUAAGUCGAAUCAGAUAUCGACUAUGGAACCGCGCUGGAACAUCCAUGGAGACGCCGGCGCUAUGGAUUGACAACUCAGGGCCUAUAAUAUAUGAAAUCCGCCAUGGGAUGGAAUCGAUUCGUAUUACUCCACAGGAUUUGGAGAACUCUCGGUUGGGAAGGGUCAUUAAGGAGCAUUGGGAUAUGGGGAUGACAGAGCCCAGCACGCGAUUUGCAACACGGAUGCUGUUUGAAGCGUUUUUCAUUGGGCUUUGGAGGAAUAUACUACGAAGGCUGAAGAUCAAAAACUUUUGA